GAAAUGCUUUAUUAACACACUUUAUUUCCAGGGUUUUGCAGGCCACAUGAAGUGAUAUUAAGGAUCAAAUCUGGGCCUUGAGUUGGACACCUGUGCUAUAGGAGACUGACACGCAAAUGUCAUUUUUAGGGGAACCUGCAGACAUUGAGCAUUUGUCUGAUAAAACGUUGAGGAUAUCUGUAUUACCGGUACCUGUAUUGUAGCAUGUUUUCCUAUGUAUUUUGAGCACUACUCAUUGGGUAUACUACAAAGGUCAUUUCUAGUCAGAGGGAAAAAGUAGAACACCAUGGGGUGUUCUUGUAUUGUAUUAUAUGUUGCAACGUCAUUUGGCCACGGUGAGAAUGAAUCAUGUUUCAGAGCUAAGGGGGAGGAUAAGUGCUCUUGAAGUAGGAUUUGUACCAUACCUCUCCAGUGCACAGCAAACCCUGUUCAGAGGGCUCAGCAUGUUUUCUGCUCGAACAAGAGUCUCCGCAUCCAUCAGGCCUCCCACAACAGCACCAACAGUGUGACCUUCAACUGUAAAAUCAACAUGCAGUUCAAACUCAUUUUUUACCAGAGGCUCUGUGUCGCUGAAGAAAACCUUCACAGACUGAAGCAUGGGAGGAUACAUAUCACCUGGUCUCAGCACAAUGUUACUGCCCACAGCCUGUGGAACAUCAGUGGAUGCCAUCUUCCUGGAGAGAGAGAAAGAUCAAAUCACCUAUGUGUCCUUCAUUUAAUCAUUCUGCGCUACCACUUCCUGUAUCCGGGUUGCACUGUCUCCAUGUGUCCUGCUCAGCAUGGUAGAGAGGACUUCUUUUGUGCACAAUGAGGAGGAGUCUGCCGCUUGGCUUCCAGUAGCUGUUUGGUUGGCCACCGCCUUCACCGCGCUCCCCCCUCCCUCUCCUCCUCUUCUUCCUCCUCCUCCUCCCAUCAUCUGCAGCAGCAGCAGCAGCAGCAAGCAGCCCAGUGCCUCCCGGACCUAUGAAGAAGACUCUCCCUCCCCUCCAGCCUGCUCGGCACCUCCCUGCCACCAUGGGCUGCAAGCUCCACGCUAUGUUGUUGUGUUGAUAUCGAGAUAUUUCAGUAAUCAAAUAUGAAUCAUGCAUCUGAUAUUUCUGGCCACUUUGCUCGUCAGCAUCCUCACGCUUCGGUUUCACGCAUCACUGGCGUCAUCCGUUUCUCCCGGAGCAGAGGACAAGGUUGAGAGGGACGCAGUGCCGGUGAAGCAACAGGCAACUGCAGCAACCGCUAUUGAAAACACAACACGCCAUGCAGCCGAGCAUGUGAUCACCUUCCCAUCCCGCCUGAUCUACUACCUAAACGAGGGCUCGGAGAGCACCUACCAUGACCUGGACACGAAAGUCCGGAGCCAAGCCGGUGACGGUCAGGCAAUUCACCUUGCUCAGGUUAGCUUCCAGCUGGAAGCCUUUGGCGCCCGAUUUGUUCUGGAUCUAACACUGAACAAUGACCUGCUGUCUUCAGAUUAUGUCGAGAUCCACUACGAGGGGGGUAAACCUGUCAUCUCAAAGGGCGGGGAACACUGUUACUACCACGGCCAGGUGAGAGGGAACGAAGGCUCCCGCGUGGCCUUAUCUACCUGCAACGGGCUGCAUGGGAUGUUUGACGAUGGAGCCCACGUGUAUGUAAUGGAGCCGCUACAACAGACUCAUUCAAUGUACGCAGCUGGAAGGCCUCAUCAGCUCAGAAGAAGUGCAUCGCUUCAGUGGAAAAAUGACUCACGAGAGCCGGCGGGGGAAGAGCAGCUCUUCUCGGCGCUCGGUGACUUGUCCUGGCUGAAGCGCAGGAAAAAGCGAGCCAUGUCUGUGUUUGAGGAGAUGAAAUAUUUGGAGAUCAUGAUCGUUAGUGACCACAGCAUGUACAAACGACACAAAACCAGGCAGCACGCCAGGAAUUUUGCCAAGUCAGUGGUGAAUCUUGUGGACGCUGUCUUCAAAGAGCAGCUGCGAACUCGCGUGGUGCUCGUCGCUUUGGAGACCUGGACAGACAAAGAUCACAUCCCCGUCAGCGUGAGGCCGCUGGAAAUGCUGCGGGAUUUCUCCAAGUACCGCCAGCAGAGCAUUAAGCACCACGCAGAUGCCGUGCACCUCUUCUCAAACGUGACCUUUCACUACCGGAGAAGCAGCGCCGCCUACUUUGGGGGCAUGUGUUCCGUGAGCCGUGGAGUCGGGGUCAAUGAGUACGGCAGCACCUGGUCCAUGGCAGGCUCUUUAUCACAGAGCUUGGCUCAGAAUCUGGCCAUCCAGUGGGACCCUGCAUCCAAAAGAAAGGAAUGUGGUUGCACUGAUUCGUGGAUAGGCUGCAUAAUGGAGGACACUGGCGUCCAGCACCCACGAAGAUUCUCCAAAUGCAGCAUCUCGGACUACAAAGAGUUCCUCCUGAAAGGUGGCGGUUCUUGUCUGUUUAACAGGCCGACAAAGCUCUUCGAGGCCACCGAGUGUGGGAAUGGAUUUGUGGAAGUAGGAGAGGAGUGUGACUGCGGUGCCAGAGCGGAAUGUUACAAGGGAUGCUGCAAAAAAUGUUCCCUGGCCAGUGGGGCGCACUGCAGUGAUGGCCCCUGCUGCAACAACACCUGCCUGUUCUUCCCACGGGGUUACAGCUGCCGCUACGCUGUGAAUGACUGCGAUAUCUCCGAGACCUGCUCUGGGGACUCUGGACAGUGUCCUCCCAAUCUGCAUAAACAAGAUGGUUAUCUCUGCCAGGUAAACCAGGGUCGCUGUUACACCGGGGAGUGCAAGACCAGAGAGAACCAGUGCCGAUACAUCUGGGGACCAAAGGCUGGGGGCUCAGAGAAGUUCUGCUACGAGAAGCUAAACACAGAGGGCACGGAGAAGGGCAACUGUGGAAGGGACGGCGACAACUGGAUCCAGUGCAGCAAACAUGAUGUUUUCUGUGGUUAUCUUUUGUGUACCAACAUCGGCCGCAUCCCACGGAUUGGAACAAUGAAAGGCGAUAUCACCCCCAACUCUUUUAACCAUCAAGGCAGGCUGAUACACUGCAGUGGUGGACACGUUCUUUUGGAUGAUGAGACCGAUUUAGGCUACGUGGAUGAUGGGACUCCUUGUGGGCCGUCCAUGAUGUGCCUUGACCACAAGUGUCUCUCUAUCCAGUCACUCAACAUUAGCACUUGCACCAUUGGACCAAAUGGACAAGUGUGCUCUGCCCAUGGGGUGUGCAACAAUGAAGCCACAUGCACCUGUGACACUACCUGGGCGGGGACGGACUGCAGUAUGCCCGACCCUCCAAAAGCACCCGACACGACGCCAACUCAAGGACCCAAGGGUCCUAGUGCCACCAAUCUAAUAAUAGGUUCCAUUGCCGGAGCCAUCCUUGUGGCUGCCAUAGUGCUGGGGGGGACUGGAUGGGGUUUUAAAAAUGUGAAGAAACGGCGGUACGACCCCAACGCCUCAGCCAUUUAAACCUGCAGGGGAAGAUGCCAACCACAAGAUGGACUUCUUCAAGGCUCCCUUUGUUGGCUGCCAGACAGCUGGACUGCACUUACUGCUGCUGACCUUUGGCAUUAGAUUUACUUGAAUAAUAAUGACAACGACAAAAAAAAUCUAUAUAGUGGACAUUUUAACAAAUUCCAUUGUAGUGACUUUAGACGCGCAGCCUUUUAGCCUUUCACAUCACGCAUAAGCCAACCUCCGCCGCAAGCUGAUCUCUGGAAUGACAGAGAUCCUCUAGCACAGGGGUGUCAAACCUACGGCCCGAGGGUCGGAUCAAGCCCACCAACAGGUUUUAUCCGGCCCGCGAUUACGUUUGCCAAGUAUGAAAAUUAACCUGAAAUGUUUGAAUGAAUGGGCUUCACGGUGGCAGAGGGGUUAGUGCGUCUGCCUCACAAUACAACGGUCCUGCAGUCUUGGGUUCAAUCCCAGGCUCGGGAUCUUUCUGUGUGGAGUUUGCAUGUUCUCCCCGUGACUGCGUGGGUUCCCUCCGGGUACUCCGGCUUCCUCCCACCUUCAAAGACAUGCACCUGGGGAUAGGCCCCUCCCACCUUCAAAGACAUGCACCUGGAGAUAGGCCCCUCCCACCUCCAAAGACAUGCACCUGGGGAUAGGUUGAUUGGCAACACUAAAUGGUCCCUAGUGUGUGAAUGUUGUCUGUCUAUCUGUGUUGGCCCUGUGAUGAGGUGGCGACUUGUCCAGGGUGUACCCCGCCUUCUGCCCGAUUGUAGCUGAGAUAGGCGCCAGCGACCCCAAAAGGGAAUAAGCGGUAGGAAAUGGAUGGAUGGAUGUUUGAAUGAAAGAAACUGCUGUUCUAAAUGCGUCCACUGGAUGUCUCAAUAGCACACGGAAAAAUCAACGCAAGAGGGGCUAUUUUGAUAUUUUUUAUUUUAAAAAACAAUUCCUGUAUAAAAAAUAUAAAUAUAGGCAUCCACUCCGGCUUAAUCCCUGUCAACCAGAAAGGGUUUUGGUCAAAAAAAUAUUAAAAAUGUGUCAUUAUUCAGUAUUAUUAUUUUUAUUAUUAUUCGUUUUCUUUGACAAAAAGAGCAUACAACCUAAAUCUUUAAUAACAUUCUAUUGACAGAUAGACCUAAUGUUGAUCUAGACAUUUAAACCUUGAAUAAUAAUUAAACAAUAAUACUGAAUAAUGACACAUUUUUUUUUUAAUAUUUUUUGGACCAAAACCCUUUAGGGCAGUGGUCCCCAACCUUUUUGUAUCCGCGGACUGGUCAACGCUUAAUAAUUUUUCCCGGGGGGGGGCGGGGCGUCCUUUUUUUUCUUUUCUUCUUUGUCAUGAAAAAGGGAGUUUUUUGUGGUUGGUGCACUAUUUGUACGUGUAUAUUGUGUUUUUUAUGUUGAUUUAAUAAAAAAAGAAAAACGUUUUUUUUUUUAAUUAAUUUAUUUUUUUUAUAAAAAAUUCUUCUACGGCCCGGUGGUUGGGGACCACUGCUUUAGGGUACCCUGGAUCAAGCCUGAGUGGAGGCCCAAAUGUAUAUUUUUGUAUAUAUAUUGUAUUGGUUUUUAACAUGCUUUGAUUUUUCAGUGUGCGGCCCUCAGUGGAAAAAGUUCGGAAAAAAUAUUGCAAUAUAACAGAAACAGAAAGAAUAUGACAUUAUCACAUAAUAAUAAAUAACGACAUAUAAAGCUAGAAUACUAUUAACCGCAACAGGUAAUUAUAAAAAAAAUUACGAUUUGUACAAUUUCAAUAUGUGCCUGUUCUAUUUUUAAACAAAGAAAACAAUCUGAAAUUGUCUUCAUUUUUAAGUUAUCGUGCCGUGAUUUAACCAUUCCGGCCCACUUGGGAGUAGAUUUUUCUCCAUGUGGCCCCGAGAGUUAAAGUGAGUUUGACACCCCUGCUCUACCGUUUUUUGGUUUUUUUUUGGAAUUCGUGCCGGUCUCACACCCGACACGAUUUUACACGCUCAUAAAGUGCUUCUUUCUGGUCCUCCGGCAUGAAGAGCUCCUCUCCUCGGGGUUCUGCAUGGCUACGUAAGCUAGGAAUAUACAGCGAAACAAAAACAAAAAAACAAGAAAGGGAAGCAUCUUUUGUGAAAAACAACUGCAUGUGAGGCGGCCACUCGAUGAAUUGUAAAUAUGAUAAGGAUUUCAGGUUUGUAAUGAUUUCCUUCAUGUGGUUUUUUUUAGGGUUUUUUUUUACCUUCAGCAUGUUUUAUAGAAGGGGUCACCAACGCGGUGCCCGCGGGCACCAGGUCGCCCGUAAGGACCAGAUGAGUCGCCCGCUGGCCUGUUCUAAAAAUAGCUCAAAUAGCAGCACUUACCAGUGAGCUGCCUCUAUUUUUUAAAUUGUAUUUAUUUACUAGCAAGCUGGUCUCACUUUGCUCCACAUUUUUAAUUCUAAGAGAGACAAAACUCAAAUAGAAUUAGAAAAAAACAAGAGAAUAUUUUAUAGACUUGGUCUUCAAAAAUAAAUUAAUUUAUUGUUUUACUUUGCUUCUUAUAACUUUCAGAAAGACAAUUUUAGAGAAAAAAUACAACCUUAAACAUGAUUUUAGGAUUUUUAAACACAUAUACCUUUUUACCUUUUAAAUUCCUUCCUCUUCUUUCCUGACAAUUUAAAUCAAUGUUCAAGUAAAUUAUUUUAUUUUUAUUGUAAAGAAUAAUAAAUACAUUUUAAUUUAAUUCUUCAUUUUAUUUCCUGUUUUUUUUUACGAAUAUUUGUGAAAUAUUUCUUCAAACUUAUGAUUAAAAUUCCCAAAAAAUAUUCUGGCAAAUCUAGAAAAUCUGUAGAAUCAAAUUUAAAUAUUAUUUCAAAGUCUUUUGAAUUUCUUUUAAAAUUUUUGUUCUGGAAAAUCUAGAAGAAAUAAUGAUUUGUCUUUGUUAGAAAUAUAGCUUGGUCCAAUUUGUUAUAUAUUCUAACAAAGUGCAGAUUGGAUUUUAACCUAUUUAAAACAUGUCAUCAAAAUUCUAAAAUUAAUCCUAAUCAGGAAAAAUUACUAAUGAUGUUCCAUAAAUUAUUUUUUAAAUUUGUUCAAAAAGAUUCAAAUCAGCUAGUUUUUCUCUUCUUUUUUUCAGCUGAAUUUUGAAUUUUAAAGAGUCGAAAAUGAAGAUGAACCAUGUUUCAAAAUGUAAUUUAAAUUUUUUCGUGUUUUCUCCUCUUUUAAACGGUUCAAUUAAGUAUUUUUUUCAUCGUUUAUUCUUUACAAAAAACCUUCCGUGGAAGGAAAAAAAAUGUACAACGGAAUGACAGACAGAAAUACCUUCUUUUUUUUAAUAUAUAUAUAUAUAUUUAUCUGUUUCUAUGUAUAUUUAUUGUGAGAAAUCAUUAAGAUGAUCAGUGUUUACACAAACUUAAAUAUUAUUAAUAAUAACAUAAAUUGAGCAAAUUGGCUAUUUCUGGCAAUUUAUUGAAGUGUGUAUCAAACUGGUAGCCCUUGGCAUUAAUCAGUACCCAAGAAGUAGCUCUUGCUUUCCAAAAGGUUGGUGACCCCUGUUUUUUACCUUAGCAUGUUUUAUAGCAAGCUAUUGGAACACCUUUGUUAUGAUUUGGGGCACAAAAUGUAACCUUCAGAGCCUGGCUGCGUGAACGAGCGAGACGGAGUCCAAUAAGCGCCCCUCCCCCUCCUCGCGGCAGUAUUUUCCAGCGUGACUCAAAAAGCCAAAGAACCUAAUCACCAUGAACAUAUGGAUGUUGCACACGGAGCACUUUGCCCUCUGUCUGCCUCGCGUCGUCCGACAGGCGACCAACCAGGGCUCACCCGUCCACACGCACCACGUCAGGCUUCCGGCCUUUUUACGCUCAUCGACUCCUGCAUGCAAUCACUACUGUAUCCUGGGCUUAUUAUCAUUCUAUAUAGGAGUCCCCCAGAAGCUCUAAGAAAAAAUAUGUUACAAAAAGAUAGGUGCAUGUCGACAAGGAAAACAUUUAACUUUUAUUUACUAUGCAAAGAGAGAUAUUGCACAAGUGUAUGGGUAAUAAUGGAGUCAUUGUUUCUACUCGCGCGGUCCUUCGUCUUCUUUCCUUUCGCUUGAACUGGAGUCAUGCCAGCCCUAAGUAAGCAACGGAAAACACCUCUUUACAUUUGUGGAAGUCGUGUGUGUGUGUGUGUGUGUGUGUGUGUGUGUGUGUUAGGGCUGGGCGAUAUCGCCUUUUUUUAAUAUCGCAAUAUUUUUAGGCCAUAUCGCGAUAAACGAUAUAUAUUUCGAUAUUUUGCCUUGAUGCAUAUAAUCACAGCAGUAUGAUGAUUCUAUGUGUCCACAUUAAAACAUUCUUCUUCA